AUGGAAGUUCGGCGCAUAUCCGCGGGUGCGCAGGCGUCCUCCAUUCCACGUCAACUUACCUGCUGCUCCUCCUCGGAGGUUCCCCAGCCCCUUGGCAGCCGACAGAGAGCCGGGUCCUCCAAAGUCCAAAACGCAUCGCAGAGCCUUAACUCGUCGGGGAUCAAAGUAGGUUUGGGGAUACUGAAAGUGGCCGCGUCUCAGUGGCGGCAGGGCAAGAAGACGCACACGGGUGCAGCCGGCACGAGGCAGGCGACGAACUGUGAUCACGUGUGCAAGCGUUCUCCGCUGGACCAGCUGGCGGUCCUGGUUCUCCAUAGCCAAACGCGGCGACUGCAAAUAGGUCAAGAAGCCCGAAAGGAGCACUUCCCUACCAAGCCACAGAACUGUAAGCGCAUCGUCGUUCUCGGCGCGCCGCGGGUUGGCAAGACCUCCAUCCUGCGGCGGUACUUGAGAGAUGGAUUCGUGGAGGAGUACCAGCCCACGUCCGAGGAUUUUGUCCGAAAGCUCUUCCGCAUACGCGGGGAAACGUACCAAAUUGACCUUUUAGAUGCAUCUGGGGAGAGGGACUUCCCAGCCAAGCGGCGAUUGUCUAUCCUUACAGGAGACAUUUUCUUGCUUGUCUUCAGUCUGGAUGACAGGAGCUCUUUCGAAGAGGUGUGCGCUCUCAGACAGGAGAUCCUGGUAGCCAAAUCCAAACUGACUAAAUUGUCACACCGUUUGGCAAAGCAGCAGCUCGCCUUGGUGGUCUGUGCUAAUAAAGUUGAUCUCCAGGAAUCUGAGAGGGAAGUGUCCCGGGCAGAGGUGCUCCACGCUCUCGGUGAUAAUUGCGCCUACUUCGAAACCUCUGCAAAGGACAGCACCAAUCUGGAGAAAGUAUUUGAGACUUUGGCGAAGUGCGGUGGGCUUCCGACCGAGACUGGACCGUCACAGCACCGCAAAGUGUCCCUCCAUUCAUAUCAGGCCAUGCGCACCGGUCACCUUCCAGUCCAACCGAUGGGACAUGAUGAUGCCUGCGGGGUGCUGUUCCCGCUGGCCCGCAGGCCAAGUUUCAGCGCCGAUCUACGACAAGUCAUUGGGGCGCAAGACGCACACAAGCCCAGCAAAACAAAAGCAAGAUGUCUGAUACAGUGA